GCGGCUGCCGCUGUUCUGUCCUCCAACCAAGAGGGUAAAUCGGAGCUGAAAAAUCUGGUGGAGUCCUGGGACCUGAAGAAACUCACGGAGGCGUUCACCACAGGGGGAAAUGAGAUGUUUAUGCCAGACCCGAACAGGGUGAUAUCAUCAUCAUCAGAUGGUGUGGUGUGUUUCCGAUGGGAAUUGGCUACCAGCAUUCACCCGCAAAAAAUAUGGAGAGAUUAGCUUACUAUUCACCUGUACGAUUUCCAACUAGGGCAACAACUGGAGCGUGUGUGUGUUUUGGCACCCUCAUCAAAUUUCCCCAUGAAUAUGAGGCUAGAGGUUCAUGCACUUCAUUUCUUCUUUCUAUGUACACAGAGUUAAAAGUUUUCAACUUGAAUCAUAACAGAGUAGUCAUGGAAUAUUUCCAUCUUUCAAAAUAAAAAAGGAAAAAAUCCAUUCCAUGGUCAGAUUCUCGGCGAGGAUAAGGAGUGGGAAACAAAUAAUAUAUACACACAUAUUCAAAGUCGUAGAAGAUUCCUCAGGGUUUAACCCACAAAGACAAUCUCAGGACAUUAUUACAGUUGGAAAUUCGAACUUUGAACGCAAGACCCGUUCGGCUUGCUUCUUCUUCGUCCGCUGAAAUGGCACUCUCCGUCGCUUCCACUGUCGACCUCGCCGAGUUUCCAUGUUUCCGGCGAUUUCUAAUUUCAAGUACCCAUAUCCAGUCUUUUGCCAUCGACCCCAGGAACAAGCCCAGCUGGAGGCGUGGGCUCUCGCUCGGUCCCUCGCCGCCGUUUUUCCGCCUGAACCAUCGUCGUCGUGGACUUUUCGAGCCCGAAUCGUGCUCUGACCGUCCCGUCCUCGCUAGGGUCGCUGGUGAAGACGCCCUUGAUGCCACCGGAACUGGUUCCGGCGCUUCUUUCCAGCAGGCUGCUGGAACAAGCGUAAGCUCGUCAGCUUUCGGUGAUGGCUAUGUGGCCUUGUUUGUACGAAUGCUUGGGUUGGACAAUGAUCCUCUUGACAGGGAACAGGCUGCACAAGCGUUAUGGAAAUAUUCACUGGGCGGAAAGAAGUGUGUCGAUGCUAUAAUGCAGUUUCAUGGUUGUUUGAAUCUCACAGUUAAUCUUCUCAAGUCUGAGUCUAGUGCCACGUGCGAGGCGGCUGCGGGGCUUUUACGGGAAUUAUCUUCUGUGAAUUUGUAUAGGGAAUCUGUUGCAGAAAGUGGGGCGUUGGAAGAGAUAGCAGCUUUGUUGAGCCGGCCGUCAUUGUCCGCUGAGAUCAAAGAACAAAGCCUAUGCACUCUGUGGAAUUUGUCAGUGGAUGUGAAACUCAGGGACAAAAUUGCUGAUUUUGAUAUCCUUAGACUAAUUGUUAGCUUCCUGGAAGAUGACGAUAUAAAGGUGCGGGAGUCGGCUGGUGGUGUUUUGGCAAAUUUGGCGCUUAGUUGUUCAAAUCACAAGACCAUGGUGGAAGCUGGUGUCAUACCGAAACUGGCAAAUCUGUUGAAAGGUGAUUCGGAUAACAAAGGAUCUAAAGUUAUGAGACAAGAAGCUAGAAAUACGCUUCUGGAGCUCGCUAAGGAUGAAUACUGGAGACUUCUCAUCAUUGAGGAGGGUCUAGUACCUGUUCCUCUAAUUGGUGCAGCCGCUUACAAGUCCUUCAGACCCCCUCUGUAUUCUUGGCCUAGUUUACCUGAUGGUGUAGAAAUUGAGCAGACACCUAAACGUCCUUCCAGAUCCGGGGCUCCUGAGGUACUCCUUGGUUUAAACAUUGACAAGAACAUUGACAUAGAGGAAGCCAAGAUAAAAGCAAUAGUUGGAAGGACAAACCAACAGUUUCUCGCCCGUGUUGGAGCUAUAGAACUUGAGAAUGGAACAAAAUCUGAAUCUCCUGAAAAAUUGCAGCCACUUACACUUCUUCCGUACGUCGACGGUGUGGCUCGUUUGGUGUUGAUUCUUGGACUGGACGACAAAGUGGCUGUCUCAAGGGCUGCAGACUCAAUUGCUGAUGCAUCUAUCAAUGAGCAUAUGCGGGUUUCAUUCAAGGAAGCUGGAGCUGUAGAGCCUUUGGUUCAGCUUUUAGUCCACGACCACGAGGCUGUUAAAUCAUCUGUCAUCCGUGCCUUAAAAAAAUUGUCUCUGAGCCGCACUGUUUGCCGGAAGAUUGAAGUUGAAGGCGCAGUUCCCUACUUACUUAAUCUUCUAAAGCAGACCGUGAUCCCACAAAGUGUCACUGAACAGAUUCUGGACAUACUUGCUCAUCUCUUAGACCCUAGCAAGGAAAUGAAAUCCAAGUUUUAUGAAGGACCGGUGAACAGAUCUUCAGAGACACUGAAUGCAGCCAGACACCAUGGCGAUGUUUCACUGUUGUCAACAUCAAAAGGAGACUCAAGGGACGAUGUUCUCAAUACAACUAUAAUUUCUCGUCUUGUCCAAAUAGCGAAAACAGCAUCUCCUAAUCUUCUAAGAAAGGUGAUUUCAAUAAUUGAGUUUGGUACGGUCACUAAUCCAAACAUGAACUCCAUCAUCUCCGUGGAUAUCACAUCUGCUCUGAAGGCUGCGUUCAAGCAGAAAGUCCUGGAAGACAAUGAGAAAGAAGCAGAGGAGCAAGGAAAGCAUGCCCUUGAGUUAGAAGAAGCUGGUCUAACAAUAUCCGCAGCAUCAAGGCUACUGACAAAACUUCUGGACUCUGAAUCAUUUCGUCAGGAAACUGAUGCAGCUCACUUUGUGAACUUACUGAGGAAAAUCCUGAGAUCAAGCCUCCCUCUCCACCACAAAGAGUGGGUUGCUGCUUCUCUCGUCAAGCUUAGCUCUGCCCGUGACCUUGAGAACCCUAUUCACGUUGAGGUAACACUGUACGAGACAAUACCCAGGCUAGUGGAGCAGAUGAGUGUCUCGGUCUCACCAGAAGUGAAAGAGGCUGCAGUGGUGGAGCUUAACAGAAUAGUGUCGGAAGGAGUUGAGGACUCAGCCCGUGUUCUGGCGGCACGUGGAGGUAUAGAGCCGCUGGUUAAGCUUCUGGAAGAUGGGAACGAGCGGGCAGUAGAAGCAAGCCUCUCUGUACUCUAUAACCUCAGCAUGGAUUGUGAGAACCACGCCGCAAUUAUAGGAGCGGGGGCUGUGCCAAGGCUGCGUCGGAUUGUACUGUCUGAGAGACCACAGUGGAAGAGAGCUCUCCGGUUACUGAGGAAUUUGCCAAUUUGACAAGUCAGAGAGUGUUGUAUCUCUAGGGAUGAACCAUUUCAUGUAGUUAUUGGAAUAUCAUAUCGAAUAAGCACUUGGCAACAAGAUAUCCCAUACUUCUGCUCAUAACU